UAUCAGUGUUCCUCCUUUUGUUCCUAUCAGUGUUCUCUUGUCAUCCCUUCGUUCACUCAAUAAAAACCAGACAGUCCAUACAUUUACCACCUGCAUGCACUGUAAACCGUAGCACUCCGACGGUGCUGCGGUCAUAAACUGGUUACUUUCGCCCUCUUCUGAUGGAUGCUUAAUCACACAAAGUUUAGUGUGUUCGGAGAAACUCCAGCUGGGACGGGGAGAAUCACAAUGUUUGUGUAUUUAUCGUCACAAAAAAUCUUGUAUUCGUGUAUUAUUUCUUCGUCGAUUAAUUCUAAGGUUGUUGUUUUUUUUUAUAACUUUCUUUUUGUCCCGACGAACUGUGAACGAACAGCGGAACCAUUGUCGCCCCUCCAGGAUUUGAACGGAGUUUCUACAGUGUAGCACGCUGUCAAAACGUAAAGCAACGGAAGUGUAGAGGAGAGCAAUUGUAUGGAAACCUAGAAAUCAAACAUCUAUCGCGUGAUUUGUUUACUUGCAUUAUAAAGAUUAUUUUUGGUAUGGAUGACACAGUGAUAGAGGAGGAGGAUGAUUGCCCAGAGUUGGUGCCCAUUGACACCCAGCCUGGUCCUCCUGCAGAGCAGAUUCCUGUCACCAUCAUCACAGGCUACCUUGGUGCUGGAAAAACCACACUCCUGAACUACAUAUUAACAGAGCAACACAAUAAGCGGAUUGCUGUCAUACUUAAUGAGUUUGGAGAAGGCAGUGCCCUGGAGAAGUCCCUCGCAGUGAGCCAGGCCGGAGAGCUGUAUGAGGAGUGGCUAGAACUGAGAAACGGCUGCCUCUGCUGCUCUGUGAAGGACAAUGGUCUUAAAGCCAUUGAGAACCUGAUGGAGAAGAAAGGAAAGUUUGACUACAUUCUCUUAGAAACUACAGGACUUGCUGAUCCAGGAGCCGUGGCCUCUAUGUUCUGGGUUGAUGCAGAGCUUGGCAGUGACAUCUAUUUGGAUGGCAUUGUCACCGUCAUCGAUGCCAAGUAUGGACUAAAGCAACUAACAGAGGAAAAAGCAGAUGGAGCCGUCAGUGAAGCAGUGAGACAGGUUGCUCUCGCUGAUCUGACCAUUAUCAACAAGACAGACCUGGUGAAUGAGGAGGAACUAAACCUGGUUAGAGAUACUGCCAGGUCUAUAAAUGGUCUUGUCAAGAUUCUAGAAACCCAGAGAUCAAGAGUGAAUCUCUCUGAAGUUCUGGAUCUGCAUUCCUUCGACAGUAAGGAUGGAGCAAAUCUAGCAGAGAAGCUCCAGCUGUUGAAACCUACAACACCUCAUCUUGACAAGAGUAUUUUAACGACGUUUGAAGUGGCAGGAGAUCUCUCUGAGGCUGCCUUGAAUGUCUUCAUCCAGGAUCUCCUAUGGGAAAAGAUGUUCAGAAACAAAGAAGGACAACCCAUGACUGUCAUCCGGUUAAAGGGCAUAGUAUCACUUGCAGGUAAAGCCCACCAAGUAAUGGUGCAGGGGGUUCAUGAGCUGUACGAGCUGAAUGAGACUCCACAGCUUUGGCUAGAGAACCCACGAAUCAACAGGCUGGUCUUUAUAGGGAGGAACCUGGACAAGGAUGUUCUGCAGGAGCAGUUCAUUCCUGCAGUCAUGCAGGGUGUAACGAGCCAUUAGCUAGAAGCUUUUCUUUCCCCUUCACAUCAAAAACUGUUGAUUGUGGAGCCAAAGUCAUGCUUGGCCGGACACAAUCCUGGGCCUGUGUCUCACAUGGGCAUUCCUUAUCUAGGUGUGGAUGAGGUAUGUCUGAGCAUGGUUAAGAUUACUGUAGCGCUCAAUGCAGUUGUUUUAAAUUAUGAUAAUCCAUCAUGAACUACUGUAAAAGCUACAGUAUAUCAAAGAGUAUUUAUGUUGAUGUAGCACUGGAGCUCAGUUUGAUGUGAUGUGCUUCUCACCCUGGAAACAAACCAGACAUGACCUCUAUUAAACACUCUCAGAAAAAAAAAAUUCUGCACACACAAAGAUGCCACAAAGGUCCAAAAAUAUAAUCAAUACUUUGGAUAUUUACAAAGAUAGCUUGGUAAAAACAGGUGUGAGAAGUCAUGAAGUGACAUACUGUAUCAAAUGUGGUACAAGAGUGUACUUUGUAAACGAAGCUGCCUUGCCUGUGUUUGAGUUAUUCAAAAUAAAGUUGGUUUCCUGAAUGUUAAUUUGCAACUUCUUUGAAAUACCUAUACAAAGUAAUGUUAUUGUUGUAGCUGACAACAGCAGACUAUUAACAGAGACAAUGCGCCUUUGUGUUAGAGGUUCACUAUGAUAGUCAACAGUGUGAAAAGGGCCUCGAAAAGCAUGUUUUAGUUUUUAAUAUUAUGAAAUGCAUGUAGUUUUUUUUUUGUUUUGCAUCCAGUGAACAGACUGAAGUUUUCUUUUUUAAAAAGACAUUACCAUUGGCUCUAAUUAUUGUUCACAGAUAUUCUGCAAACCUGUAUUAAAUCUGCUCAGUCUAAAGUGGAUUGUUUAAUGAUGAUUGACUUGAUGUACCAGAUUUAUCUUUGCAAUUACAGUGAAACAGAUGUUCAGUUGUGUUAGGUAUUUUUAGUCAGAUAGAAAUUGGAUAGAUACUUUAUGUAUUAGAAAUGUUUAGUGGAGAUAG